AUGUCCAUUGACACCAAUGCAAAAGUGGUGAAGUACCUGAACCAGGACUACACGUUACUCAAGGAGCAGUGCCUGUCCUCAGGACUUCUCUUCACUGAUGAGGCCUUCCCCGCAGAGCCCAAAUCGCUGGGCUUCAAGGAGCUGGGCCCGGAGUCUAAGAAGGCCAAGGGAAUCAAAUGGUUGAGACCCAAGGACCUGUGUUGGUCUCCAAAGUUCAUCAUGGGCGAAGCAGAUAGGACCGACAUCUGUCAGGGAGAACUGGGUGACUGCUGGCUGCUGGCUGCCAUCUCCUCUCUGACCCUCAACCUUGAGAUCCUGAAGCGGGUCGUUCCUAAAGGUCAAAGCUACGACUUAGAAUACGCUGGCAUCUUCCACUUCCAGCUGUGGCAGUACGGGCAGUGGGUCGAUGUUGUCGUGGACGACCAUCUCCCUACCAGAAACGGAAAACUGCUGUUUGUUCAUUCAGCGGGGGGACAAGACUUCUGGAGCGCUCUGCUGGAGAAAGCCUACGCAAAGGUGAACGGCUCGUACGAAGCUCUGAGCGAAGGUCGGACCAUCGAGGCUUUUGAGGAUUUCACCGGAGGAAUCGCAGAGUGCUACGACCUGAAUGUUGAUCAGCCCUUCCUGUUCCCCACCAUCAGGAAAGCUCUGUAUCUCGGCUCGCUGCUCAGCUGCUCCAUCAACAGUUCGAACUCAACUGAGAUGGAUCGCCUCACCAGCUUAAAACUGGUCCAAGGCCACGCCUACUCCAUAACUGCAGCAGAUCGGGUGCAUUACAACGGUUCUGUGGUGGAGCUAGUGAGGAUCAGGAACCCGUGGGGUGAAAUGGAGUGGAAGGGACCCUGGGGCAGCAAGUCGAAGGAGUGGAAUAAUUUGGAUCUGGCUCCGGAGUAUAAGCAGCUAAAUAACCCCGAUGAGAAUGGAGAGUUCUGGAUGAGCUACGUAGACUUCAAGCGUUACUUUUCCGGCCUCAACAUCUGCAACCUGUCGCCCGACAUGGUGAUGAGCGGCAAGGUCCACCGCUGGAGCUACUGUAAAUUCGAAGGCAUUUGGAUAAUCGGCUCCACCGCUGGUGGCUGCAGGAACAACCCGGCCACGUACUGCAUCAACCCUCAGUUCUUCAUUCACCUCAAAGAUGUGGACGAAUACCCUAAUGACGGCGAGAAUGGCUGCACCAUCCUGAUUGGUCUGAUGCAGAAAAACGCUCGUAAGAAGAAACGCUUUGGACAACACCUACACUGCAUCGGAUUCUACGUCUUUGAGGUUCCAGAUGAGUAUAAAGGUGGCAGUAAUGUCCGCCUGGGUCCGGACGUCCUGCUGCAGAGGAAACCUGUGUUUUACACUAAGAUCUUCAGCAAGAGCAGGGAGGUGUAUUGCCGGUUAAAACUGCCUCCUGGAAAGUACGCCAUCAUCCCGUCCACCUUCGAUCCGGAUUGUGAAGGAAGCUUCAUCCUGAGAGUGUUCGCCGAGAAACAAUAUACCACCAGGUGUCACUGUCUCCUCCACUGGGUUCACUCUGUAUAG